CGGUGCCUGGCACGUUAGCUUAUUUGAAAAACGAACCCCAGUCUAGUUGGCUCAGCGUGUCAGUUCAGUGGUCCUGUCAUGUCAGUCAUGGCAAGCAAGACGGUGAGCGAAAAAGCGAAAUGGCGAAGAAGAAAGUGCUCGAAACCUGACGAGGACAAUGACUGUGCAAGUCUCGCUUGGCUGCUUAACUUUAGGCUUGACGAAUUUGUGAAUGUAAAGGUCCCAGACGACGAGCCGGUUGAAGAAUUGAAGGUGAUCGUUAACCCCGAGUCCCCGCCAAUGUUCAAGAAGCCCCCGUUCACAUACCCAGAGCUGAUUGAGAAGGCGCUGAGGGAGAGAGGCGAGCUGACAGUGUCUGCCAUAUAUCAGUGGAUAUCAGACCACUACCCGUAUUACAAAGUGAACGACGAGCGCUGGAAGAACUCCGUGCGACACAACCUGUCGAUCAACCCCCACUUCCGCAAGGGGGCGCGCGCGGCGCAGGGUGCAGGCCACCUGUGGUCGCUGGCCGCCAACGCCAUCGACCUGUUGCCACUGAGGAACCAGAGCUACGACCACGCUGAAGAAGUCGUCGAGGCGCAUGUUAUCGAUUGUCCUAAGGUCAUAGUGUUGGACGAAGCUGCUAUUGCCGCAGCCAGCAUCAUUCCAGAUCAAGAUAUAUUUAUGGGCAGUACAAUGUUCCUAAAUCCAGUGUCAACGGAGCAGGUGGUCCGGGAGUGUGGACUCAUCACUAGCAUGUGAAGAUUCCUUACAACCACUUAUUAGUUUAAUUGUUUAUAAGACGGUGAGAAACCUCUCAAGAAGUGUAAAUCUUAGUUUCUACGCAAUAGCGUUUUUAUCGAACAGUUGAAGAUAUAAGCUGAUGACUCACCUGGUGUUGAGUGAAAAUUGUCUAUAACAGUUGCUCUGUUAUAGAUAAUUUUCAUUAUUGCACGAGGCGUGCUAGAAAGAAAAGGUAGGUAUGAGCCCGUCAUGCUGAGGCAAAGUUUUUAUGCCUUAUUUGUUAGUAAAUACAUUAGCAAUUACCUAUAAUAUACCCUUCAGCAAUGAUGCUUGGCGGCAAGAAGUAUAAGGCAUUAUUUUACAACUUCCCCUGCCCAUUGGGUUAAACGUCGUAUCGUAAUUGGCAGAUUCUAGAUUAGAUGUUCUUUUGAUAUGAUUCAGAUCUGAUCUAGUGGUAGGCUCCAGCCGUUACCCUAAUGACAAUGUAUUGUCAUUUAACAUCAGGUGAGAGUGCAGUCAACAGUGACACUGAUGAAAGAAAGUUUAUCUUAUAAUGUUCAUCCGAAGUGUUGUAUUAUACAGGAUGCUGGGGAGUAUUUCCCAUUACUUUGUGUUUUUAAGCUUUACCGAAAAUUAAUUAAUUUCGGAGUAAAUAAAAUUUGUUUUGUAAAUAGAUCUUAAAUUGGGUCCCAUAAACGCAUCCUUAUAAUUAUGACGCAGCCACACUUUAAAAUUUUAAAGUUACAUGAAUACUCGGAAUUAUUUGAAUUACUUUGUACGAAAACAAAAUUUUUUUUAUUUUUUAGUUUAAAAAAUAUGUUAUGCAGUUCUUUUUAUAUACGCAGACUCGUCAACACCUUGAAGUUUUGCGAAAUACUCCCAAGUACCCUGUAUAUUUAAUGUUUAAAUUGGCAUGUUAAUUACGUAUUGCAUUGUGUACAUUUUAAAAACAAGACACGGUUUGCUCUAUAUAUUUACUAGCAAAUGUUAGAAUAUGUUGUAGGAAAACUAUUUCUAGAUUUUUUAACUUGGUAAGUUAAAAAAUCUAGAAAGAGUAAUUAUAAUGAUCUUAAAUUCGGCGGCCAAGUAUCAUUGUCGGGAAUCUAGCAUAAGUAAUGUAGAAAAAAUCUAAUAGUAAAAAUAUUGAAAGAAUAAAAAACGUUAGGCAUAAAUAAGGGGUUUUGCGUACAUUUUAAUUAUUCAAAAGUAGGAUUUUCAGUACAAUACGUAAAAAGGAAUUUGUUAGAGAAAUUUAAAUAUUUGUAUCUCAGUACGAGUAAGUUUAGCGUAGGUGUUUAUAAUAUAAAAAGUGUA